CGCCGUGACGUUCCAGUGUCCGCUCGUGCAGGAACCAGCCGAAACAGCAUCCAUCGUCAACGGGAUGUCCUUCAUCCUCGUCCCGCUCCCGGACCUUCCCACGCUCGCCCAAGCCCGGGCCAAUCUCCAGGACAACACCUAUGACCCAUCACCGCUGGACGAAGGAUGGCGCAAUGGUAUUCUGGCGACUAUGUAUUUCGUCCCGCAGGGUGAGGAUGCCUUCGGGAGGAAGAAAUACAGAACCCGGAUGUUUGGCAGCCGCGAGGAUCCGGGGACGGGCAGCGCGAGUUGUGCGUUGGGAUGCUAUCUCGCGGGCAAGGAACCGGCGGAGAAGAAUCAAGGCCCGUUUCGGUUUGUGUUCGAGCAGGGUGUGGAGAUGGGGAGGAGGAAUGAGAUCGCGGUCGAGGUGGUCAGGGGUGAGGGGGGCGUGGGGAUUGAAAAGGUGGUUUUGAGUGGUGCGGCGGUGGAGGUUAUGGAGGGUACGUUGUUGACUGUUUGAGAAGGAUGGGAAGAGACUGGGGCCUGGUGUUCAACUCAUUGGGUUCUUGAGCUUUUGCUUGAAGGAUGGAUGGUGAUGUUGCGUGUCUGAUAAUAGUUCUGCUGUUGGUGUUGUUGCGUGAAUGGAUCUGCUCUACUUGUUCAGGGCUUAAUCAAUACUAUAAUAAUGCAGGCUCGAGGUAUUGUGCCUAUUUCCUCAAAGAAGGUU